AUGCCCCAGAGGCAGAUUCCCAACAGCAGGCUGUGCAGUCGCAGCUGGGGUAUUACUACCCCAACACGGACGACUGUUCGGAGCAGCACCAGCCCCGCCCGCCUCCCGCCAUGCCCCGGGCCGGCCGCGCGGUGCGCACUGGGAGCUGUAGUCCCGCGCCUGCGGCCCCGUGCCCCCUCUCUCGUCGGGCCGAAGGGCGCGGCGCCUGCGUCCGGGCCGCGUUGUCCCGGCGGGCAGCCUCGCUCGUCCCACCCGGAGAUGCAGCGUGCGCUGCGCCGGCUGCUCCCCUCGCUCUGCUCGGCGUGGCCUGCGGCUCUCCUCGCCCCGCGCCCCCUCCUCGCCCCGCACGCGGGUCCCAUGGCGCUGCGGCCGGCGGCGGCAGCAGAAGCGGGGGUCGGCGAGGAGCCCGCCAUCGUAGCCGGCUUGACCCCAAAGCACGAUGGGCUGGAAAAUAUGCAGCAAAAGAAGAAAGUUGUUAAAGGAAAUAAAAAAAGGACACAAGAGGAAAAAAAGCCAUGUCUUCCCGCUGAUUCAGUAGAUUCUCUGAUGGCAGAAAUGCCAUUUGCUGAGACAGAUAUUGAAGAUGAAUUCGCUAUGCAUACAACCUCUGAAAUAAACAGGGAAAAGAAAAGGAAGAGGACUACUGGAAAAGAAAUUCCAGAAGGCAGUGAGAGAAAGAAGAAAAAGAAAAAACAGUACCAGCCAAAUUAUUUCAUUUCUCUUCCAAUUACUAAUCCAGAGAUUGCUGGCAACAUUCGGGCUGUCCAAGAUGCAAUAAUACAGAAGGAUGAUAGGCUUUCCAAAGCAAUGGUUCACUGCGGUUCGUUGCAUGUCACAAUGUUAGUGAUGCAUUUAUCCAGCAAAGAAGAAAUUAGCAUAGCAGUUGGUGCUCUUUCUGACAGCAAGGAUUUUGUAGAAGAUCUCCUAAAAGGAAAAACCGUGGAUUUGUCUUUUCAAGGAAUCGACCAUUUCAAAAAUGAAGUUGGAUUUGUGCAGUUGGCAGAAAAUGAUCAUACAGCUAUACUUUCAGAAAUAGCAGAGACUAUGAGGAAGAUAUUUCAUGAAAAGGGCAUCUUGGCAGGAGAAGAAAGAGCUUUUAAGCCCCAUCUGACCUUUAUGAAGUUGUCAAAAUCAGCACAGCUUCGUAAGCAGGUGAAAAAAAUUGACUCAAGCCUUUACGAAGAUUAUAAAAGCCAUUAUUUUGGAAAUGAAAUCCUGCAUCGCUUUGAUCUUUGCUCUAUGUUGAAAAAAAAGGAACCGAGUGGCUACUACUACUGUGAGUCCUCUGUUUUUCUUGGUGAAAAGCACGCGGCAGAGCCGGAUGACGCAGAGCUGGUGAGCCUCAGCAAAAGGCUGGUGGAGAAUGCAGUGCUCAAGGCUGUACAGCAGUAUUUAGAAGAAACACAAAACAAAGCCAGACAGACUGAUGGGAGCCCUGUGAAAGCUGAGGAAGCUGCUAGUGGCACUAAGAAUGAGAGCAACAGUGACAAUAGCAAGUGAGCACUGUGCAAAAGCCUGGGAGCGAGUAUCCUACCAAGAAUAAUGGCAAAAACGUGUCCCAGCUCCCUGCUGAAACUUGCUGAGCAGUGCUGGGUGACAGGCACUCUGCUCUGAGAGGCUCUUAUCAGAAGUUUGUUCUAAAUCGAGGGACACUGCCUGCCAGUCUAAUAAGCGCUUGCAUUGCUGAAAAUCUGUUGAACGCUGGAAAAGGACAAGAAUGGUGAAACAGCUCCAGUCUCCAUGGGCUCUUAAUACCACGAGUCCCUUCCCUGCUUUUGAAGAGAAACUGAGCUCUCUGUGUUUGCCUUUUGGAUCGUAAGGAAUGGGCACGAAGAGGCCUUGCCACAAGUGGAAACAAUGCCCUGUGCACAGCCUGGCACUGCCAUGGGGCUGCUCGCUGGACGCAAGAGCACGUGCUGUUGCAGAGUCAGCAGCAGGCAUCCCGAGCUAAAAAUUACCACUACCAAUACUCGUCACAGAUACUAUUACACAGUAUGUAACAUAGCAGGAGUUUCUCUGAAAUGUGACACCUUUCUGUUCUGUAUUUUUGGUAACUGUUGUUGAUGCAAACUGUAUGUUUUCUUUUGAUGGAGUACCUUUUUAUAAAAAAAAUAUGGGGAAAAAGCACUUAACACUGUCCAAAACAGAUACGAUUGGUCUCUGUCUCUGUACAUUAAUGAUUCUAAGUGACGUUAGUUAUUAUAAAAUGUUAUAUUGUUCUUCUUCUCUAGGAAAGAGCCAUGAAGCAGACUUUGUAAAGGAAGCUUUGCACAGAGAAACACAGGCCCUGUUAUCCAGGCUGAGUCAAAUAAAGGAGCUGUUAUCCACUCCUGACGUCCGCAUGAAAAUUAGAAAAGAAUUGUUUGAAGAUGGGCACAACCUUAACAAUAAAUGGAAAAGUUAUAUCAACUCUGGAUCUCCAAAUGAAUGAUUGUAAAUUGCUGUAAUAUAAGACCUCAUCAGGUUGUUUGAAGAUGAAGAAUAUUUCAGGAAAUUUUCCUUUUUCUUUUCAUCUUUUUUUUUUUUUUUUUAA